CAAAAGCAGGAGGAGGCAGCCAGCAGGCAAAGUUUAUUGCAGCUCUGCAAAGGAGAAGCCAAACGACGAAGAAAAGAAGGGGGGAAAAAAGAAUAUUGCCCACCAUGAAUGUUCAGCCAACGGUUGUCACUCAGCCACAGGUGGUGGUGACGGUCCAGCCCAACAGAAACUAUUGGCAAACUGACUUAUGUGAUUGCUUUAGCGACUGUGGAGUCUGUCUCUGCGGAUGGUUCUGCUUUCCUUGUUUGGCAUGCCAAGUUGCUGCAGCUAUGAAUGAAUGUUGUUGCUGUGGCGCAAGUGUGGCCAUGCGAGCGGUCUACAGGACAAAAUACAAUAUCCCUGGAUCCAUCUGUGAGGAUUACUGCAUUGUGGGGUGUUUCCCUGUUUGUUCCCUCUGCCAAAUCCAGAGAGAUAUCAAAGCAAGGAAAGCAAUGGGGAUAUUCUAGAAGACUUCAUCCUAAGCUCCUUUACAUCCAUCCUGUUUUUCAUUAGAAUUCUGAGAAGUAAGAUGCAUUAAAAUAGCUUGUAGGAAGAACCAUUAUUUAGAGGCACCCUUGCUUUAUAAUUCUAAGCAUACUCUUAAUCCAGAAAUUAAAUUUCAGUAGUGAUUCAGAGCUCAAAAGCCAGUCACAUAAAAAUUUGUUCUUGUUUGACCUGUCCUUCUCUGUGCUUGUUCUUCCUGGUUCUUUUAAAAUGGAAAGGAAAACAUUUUGGUCGCUGCUGCUAUUAAACAAUUGAGUUGAGGUGGGGAGAAACUACUAAACCUUUGAAGAUUUAUUGGUGGAUCUAUCAUUCUGCUUUUCCUGUUUUAAGGCUACUGGUGAUUUUAGUUUGCAAGAUGUAGUCCCUGGAGAAUAUAAGAUAAAAUUAGCCAUAACUAGCCUACCUGGAAGUGCUUGGUCUCCAGAAAUGGGCGAUUACUUGGCCAGGGCUGCUGGCGCUCCUAAUAAAGGGAACAUUUAUUACAAACAGCGUGCUUGUCGUAUUUGGGAGCUGGGUCAGAACAUACUUGUGGGUUAAGACAGAAUUGUCAAUUAUGUCAAGAAACAACUGACCUGAUCUGCCAUUUUCUCCUCUCUACUAAUUUGACUCGGUAACCUUGAUUGCCAAUAUGAUCGCCAAGAUCCGAUGAUCGAUAUUGCACAAGAAAAAGAGUCUUGAUUGUCCAAAAGUCUAAGGAUAACAUAAUCUGAUUUGUUCAGGGCCUUUAUCUGCUUAAUAAAAUCCUAACUACAGGUGCUUCCUCGACUUAGGACCACAAUUUUGCCCAAAAUUUAGGUGGUUAAAUGAGACAUUUGUGAAGUGAGUUUGGCCCCAUUUUAUGACUUUUCUUGCCACAUGUGUUAAGUGAAUCACUGCAGUUGUUAAGUGAAUCUGGCUUCCCCAUUGAUUUUGCUUGUCAGACGGUCACAAAAGGGGAUCACAUGACCCCGGGACACUGCAACCGUCAUUAAUAUGAACCCAUGGUCAAGCAUCCAAAUAUAAAUCACGUGAUCAUGGGAUGUUGUAACAGUCCUAAGUGUGAAAAAUAGCAAUAGCAUUAUACUUAGCAAUAGCUUAUAUACCACUUCACAGUGCUUUACAGCCCUCUCUAAGCGGUUUACAGAGUCAGCCUCUUGCCCCCAACAAUCUGAGUCCUCAUUUGACCAACCUCAGAAGAUGGAAGGCUGAGUCAACCUUGAGCCUGGUGGGAUUUGAACUACCAAAUUGCAGGCCGCUGGCAGUCAGCAGACGUAGCCUGUAGUACUGCACUCUAACUACUGCCCCACCAUGGCUCAUGGUUAUGUCAUUUUUUUCAGUGCUGUUGUAACUUCGAACAGUCACUAAAUGAACUGUUGUAACUCAAGGACUGAAGAAAUGGAGACAUGCUUAAUUACAUUCUUUCUGUUCCUUUUUAAACAACUAUCUUAACGCCUCACAACAGUAAACGUUAUAUGGGCAAAAGUAUAAAACAUACCCCUGAAAGUUUUGUUGGCAACUUCCUCUCGGUUCUGCUUAGUAUUUGGCAUUUAACCAACAUCAUAAAAAUACUGUAUUCACCUAUGCAUUGUAGCCUGUUCCGUAAAGCAGCUUAUGGUAAAACCAAGGGACAAAAGUAAAUUAUCCAAUAAAGUGAUUCCAGGAGCCUUAAAUAUAACAGUCUGGAUUCUUUCUCUUUUUAGCAACUUGGAUGUUUUAGAACUCUGUGUGAGAAUAAUUGAUUCAUACUUUAUAUGGUGGCCCAAAAGCCCACCUUAUCAUUAAGUGAUAUUGCAAUUAAUUUGGGAGAAAGGCAGUCUGGAAAAUAUUACUGUUUGCUCAAUUAUAUUGAAUAUGCCAUUCUGUAUGGAGAAUUUACCUAGAAAUUAAUAAAAACCCUAACCCUUGUGUUUCUUAUUUUAUGUUCUGCAUGUUUCAGAUAUUAUUCUGCUAUACGGAAAAGCAAUAUGUGUUAUUUCUUUAGGCUGUUUUUAUGGUGUAAUGGUUAUUUUAUUAAUCUAAAGGCUAACAUUUUCAUUUGCAUAUAUGAAAUGAGACAAAUCUUUUUAUUUUUGUAAAAGGAUAUGGACAAAUCUUUUAAUUUUGUACUGUAAUUCCACAAAUGACGUAAAUUGAUGCAAAUGUCACUCUUAGCAUUUUCUAUGGUUUUCUAUCAAUUCAAUGGAAAGAAUAAACAAUCUGAUUCUGUGGUUUUUGUUUUAAUUUCCUUCGAGUCAACUUUGGCUGCUAGCAACUGUCAGAACCAGUUCCUGCAGUUUUCUUGACAACAUUUUCAGAAACAGUUUACCCUUGCUUCCUUCCUGGGGCUCAGAGGUCUGGUUGGCCCAAGGGCUCCCAGCUAGCUUUGUCCCUAAGGCAGGACUAGAAUUCAGUCUUGUGGUUUCUAGCAUGUUGCCUUAAAUGAUUCUGUGCAGGAAAAGUUUAAAGCGAUGGUUAACCACCGAAUCCUUUUCACUUAUAUAUUGUAAUACAUCUUUUACAAUGUGUUUUAGUUUUUGCUUCCUUGUUUUUAAGUUUCUUUUCCUUUCUUUUAAAGCAACAUUAUGUCAAGUGCAAAAAGACUGAGAAAUAGCAAGCCAAAUAAUCUUAAGGUUAGAAAAAGCAAAAGAGUGGAUAGAAUUUAAUUCAUGUUUAUACCAUUAUAGUAUCCUUGCUUCCACCCUGAUCCUACCUUAAUUUAUAUCCUGGCUUUUGUCCUUUGAACUUCUGUCUUUUUGAAGAUCUCAUCAAUUCCGCCUGUGAGAAAUGCACCUCACCAGUCCGAAAUGGGACAGAGUCACUAAGUGAAGCAGCAAGCAGUUUAUUGUAAAAUACUUUCUUGCAAGAGCAGGUGGCUAGUAAAGUAGGCACCAAAAUAGAUGUCAACAGGAUUUAGUUCCUCCUUUUUUGGAAUUACCCAACUGUUGGAAGAAAUGUCCUGAGUUCCUUCUGUAAGAUAUGAGAAAAUUCAAAAAUAAAAUAGUAAUGAAGGGAAUAAUAAUAAACUGGUUAUUCUAUUGUAUAAUAUAUCCUAUUCUGCUAUAAAAGUAUUUUCCUUUUAAGCAUUUAUUUGUUAAGCAUUUAUAACACAUGUA